UGUGGCGCAUGCGCGGACCUUCUUUCGCGCUGAGGAAAGCUGGAGGGCGCCAUUUUGGUUGCCGCGCGGCGGCGUCGGUGGCGAUCGCACUGCAAACCAUGGAGAAUUACCAGAAGUCCAAGGUAGUGGAGAAGCCUUCUCCUCUCCCUUUCACCAACUUGCCCUCAGACAUCAUUGAAAUGAAAGUGAAGGAUGGAAGCAAGAUCCGGAAUCUGAUGGGCUAUGCCAUUGGCAAGAUGGAGCAAGAGACGAUGAGACAGAUGCUCUUCAGCGGGGUUGGCAAAGCCAUCAACAAGACCAUCACCUGCGUGGAGAUCAUGAAGCGGAGGCUGAAGGAUCUCCAUCAGAUUACAAAAGUGUUCUUUCAGCAAAUAGAGGAGAUCUGGGAACCAAUUGUGCCGGAGGCUGGCCUGGAUCCCUUGACUGUGAAGCGAAAUAUCCCUGCCAUUUGUGUUUUGUUGAGCAAAGAACCCCUAGAUCAUCAGGAGCCAGGCUAUCAGGCUCCCGGAUCUUUCGAUGCCUUCUGGUUGGAAACGCUGAACUCAGAGUCCCAAAGUCAACCGAAAAGGAAGAAAGGUGGUGGAAGAGGGGCUGGCCAUGCAGGAAAGUAUCCUUCCUCUGUCUUUUGAGAAGAAUCCAAAAGAUAAUCCUCAGUCAAGCUGAGUGAAUUACUUACCUACUGAGCCAAAGAAAGCUGGUCGCUUUUCGUAUUGAGAGAGGAAAAUUGGAAAUCUUGGUGGAGAGGCUGAUUUAAAGGAAGUGGAAGAGACUGAGGUUUCAGAACUGCCUGGAUCAGGUUGAUCAUCAGCAUCUGGCAGCGUGGUUCUUUUCUUGUCAGAAGGAAAGAAAUGCUGUGGUGGAUUGUUUUGAGUUCUGGAAGCAAUAAUGAUUAAAAAGAGAGCCUUCCUGGGUUGAGGGAGAUGUGGAUAAUCUGCCUGUUUAACAAGAAGGUAGCUAUGAUGUUUGCCUAUUUUCCUCAGUGGAUGAUGACUGUUGGAUGUUACACGAAUCUUAGGAUCUACUUCUGUGAAAGGGCAGGAAUCCUCUGCUUCCAAAAUUUGAUGGUGACAGGAGAAGGGUGCCCUGUUUUUCAUAUAAUUCUCUGGUUUUAAUAUGGGGCUCUCCAAACUUGGCAACUUUAAGAUUUGUGGACUUCAACUCCCAGAAUUCUCCAGCUAGCGCAUGCGCUGGGUGGGGAAUCCUGAGAGUUGAAGUUUACAAGUGGCCAAAUUUGGAGUCCCUCUGCUGUAAUAAGAGAUCAUCAUAUUUGAUCCAGCAUAAAGAUGAGAUUUUGAUUGAUUGUCUCGUCUUGAUUGCCUGAGAUGCAGAAGGUGCAGCUUAGUAUGUCUAAAGACGAUUGGAAAAAUGCUGAGAUUAUUUGAUUGUUAAAGAAACAGAUUGUACAACAAUACUAUUUUAGUAUAAUUUAUUUAUAGUUAAUUUUUUUCAAUAUUUGAAAAGGCUGCUUUGGUCUAUGAAAGGGUUGUUGCUAGCUCAGACAAUUGAUAUUUAUCUCCAGUAAUUCUGUUUCCCUCCAUAAGUGUUGCCUGAGUGUUGCCUGAGGAAGUGAAAGAUGUUAUGAAGAGCAUUUUCCCUUUUUAGCUGAUGGUUCUUCAUUUACCUCUGACAGCAUUGAUGCUCCAGAGAUCCGACAUGGGGCAGGAAUUUUAUCUGUGACUGUUGACAAUACUGAUGGAUUAUUUGCAUUCAAUCAAACCAUUAAAAAACCCCACAUUCUUAGUA